AGUUUUGUUUGUUUUCUUUUUCCGUGCCAGAUACACGUUUAUGUCAAAAUAACAGCUAACAGGUCAUUGUUUUAUGGCAUAAGUACAGUUAAAAUUUUGCCUAACAAGUUUCAUCAACCUCAUUAUGUGAAAUUUGUGGUUGUAAUGUAAAAAUAAAAAUGGCAUUUUUGUGCCCGGUUAGAAUUCGGAGAGGGAAAAAGAAAAAACCCUCUUCGGUUGAUUUAGAUAAAGAAAUUUCAAGAUCUAGCACUGGUCUAAGCCCUGGAAUGGGAAGGAUAACUGGUUCUGCUAGUAUUGAAACUUUAGUCAGGGUUGGAAUUGAAAAAGAACAUGGUCUUUCCCCUGAUAGCAAAAUGAUAGUUCUACAUGACUUUACACCUUGUGUGGAUGAUGAAUUAGAAGUAAAGAGAGGCCAGAUAGUCAACAUACUCUACAGAGAAAAUGACUGGGUGUAUGUUAUUGGAAUGGACUCAAGACAGGAAGGUUUCAUUCCAUAUUCCUACUGUACCCCUUACAAUAGUGAUUUAGCUGAUCACUCUGUGAAAAAAAAAUUGCCAAGAGAAAGACAACCAACAUCGGGAGAAAGCUCUGAUGCUAACCAUGACUGUGAUGUAGUUGGAAUUGAUACCAGUGAUUGUGAGUCAGUGGUUAAAAAACAGACUGCUAGUUCACCGAUUAGUUUAAACUCUGAACCAUUUUCAAAGGACCCUUCUGGUCGCUAUAUUGUAUUAUAUACAUUUAUAGCUAGAGAUGAGAAUGAUGUGUCUGUAGAAAGGGGGGAAUUUGUAACAGUAUUAAAUAGAGAAGAUCCUGAUUGGUAUUGGAUAGUUAGAAGUGAUGGUCAAGAAGGAUUUAUACCAUCAGGUUUUGUUUACCCAGCUGAUAAUGUGAUACAAGGACAUCUCAACUCUGUAACCAGUCAAAAUCAGAGCACAAAUUUCGCCACAGGUAGUAAUACUCAUCACCAUCAAACCCAAGGGGGUGAUGAUCUCAGAUAUCAUGGAACUGAAUUAGUUAUGUUAUAUGAUUAUAAGGCGCAGGCGCCUGAUGACCUGACUGUAAGACGUGGAGACUGGAUAUAUGCAGACCUCAAUAACCAGACUGUUGAUGGAUGGCUGUGGGCAUAUGCUCCAAAAACUCGUAAAUAUGGUUUUAUACCCAAAGCUUAUGCUAGACCUCCGGCUAUGACAAGUCUUUAAGGAACAUUAUUGUUUCAACAAAGCGUGAUAUUUGAUAUUUUUUAACAGAUAAAAAAUCAUUAAUACUUCCAUUGUUAAAGGAAAUCUGAAAAGUCUAAAAGCCAAUUAACGUACUACCAAGAUAAAGGACUUGUUCACCUACUCUUUCAAUCUAGCAUCUCACAAGAACAAGUCCUUAAUUUGAGGUUAUGUAAUUUUGCCAUUUUUGUUUACCAAUAUUUCUUGUAAGAAAUCUGAAUUUUCAAAAUACUCGAUUAUUCCCAUUUAUCCUACAUGUUGGAAAAAACCAAUAUGUCCCAACACAACAUUUGUAUAUUGUAGAAUAGAAUGAAAAAUUCAAUUAAAUACUUUCUAUAGUCUCAAAAGGACACUAAUAGCCUUCAAUCAAAUUCUUUGAGAAAAACCAAAGACUAACAAAAUUGACUAUUUAAUAAGUUUCUCAUAAAUUAUUUAUUGGAGAUAAAUGGAAUAAAAAAUUUGAAAUAUUGAAAACGAAAUUUGUGAAAUGAUCGUUGCAUUUGGGACUAUUCAGCCUUCUGAAUUUUGCUCAAGCUAUCUUUGAUUUGGGGCUGUAAUUAAUUUUGCUUCAAAAUGAUUUCUUCUACGGAACUGGAAUGAUUGCUUUACUUUUAUUUAAAUUUGAAAAAUUGUAUAUUUUGCUAUUCUGUAUUUUUGUUGUAUAUGAUGAAUAUUUUUUCGCAAUUUUCUAUAUAAAUAUUUCUACAUAAUUUUAAAUGCAGUGAUAAUCUAAGUGCCUUUUAAUGUUACUAUAACUAAUAUAAUGGAAUAAAAAUUUUAUAUUAA